AAAUUUACACCUUUUUGAUUGUAUUUAUUUCAUAAUUCACGGUUUACAGUAAUUAUUAAUCCUCAAUUAUACAAAGCCCUAGUCGAAAUAAAAUAUAGUGCUCUUGAGGACAAACAUGUCUCAUCAGACUGGAAUUCAAGCAAAUGCGCAACUGCAAAAAUAUUUUAGCAAAUGUAGAGAGGGAAAAAUAAGACUCUUGAAAGUUAGCAUUGAGGAUGAACAACUUACAUUGUCAACACACCAACCAGUAAAAGGGACUUGGGAGCAGGAUUUCGAUAAAUAUGUACCACCUCUCAUCGUUGAAGAUCUACCCUGUUACAUACUUUAUAGGUUUGACUCAACAAAUUCUCUAGGAUAUGAAUGGUUACUACUCAGUUGGUCACCGGACAGUGCUCUAGUCAGACAUAAAAUGUUAUAUGCCUCUACAAAGGCCACAUUGAAGCAGGAAUUCGGGUCUUCACACAUUAAAGAUGAAAUGCAUGCUACAGUAAAGGAUGAAGUAUGCCUCAAAGGUUACAAAGCACACGUGAGUGGUGUGAAUGCUCCUGCACCUCUCACAGACAGAGAAGAGGCUUUGAAAGAAUUGAAUGAGAGUGGACAAGGCCCUAACUAUGGCACCGAUGCAAGACAGUCAACAAUGGGUGGUAUUGCUUUCCCGAUAACAGAGUCAGCCAAGCAGGGCAUAAUUGAUCUCCAACGAGGUUCCUACAAUUACUUACAAUUUAAGAUAGAUUUAGAAGAUGAAAAAAUUUGUUUAGCGAAAGCGGCAAAUAUUAGUUUGGCAGAGCUCCCUUCACAAGUGCCGAGUGAAGAGGCAAGAUAUCAUCUAUACGUAUUCAAACAUACACACGAAGGAGAUCCACUUGAUAGCAUAGUAUUCAUCUACUCUAUGCCAGGCUAUACUUGCAGUAUAAAGGAGAGAAUGAUGUAUUCCAGUUGUAAAGGAAACUUUCUUGAUCUUAUUGAAUCUAUGGGAGUACUGGUUUCUAAGCGGGUGGGUAUCGAUGAAGGAAAGGAACUAACUGAGGAAUUUCUAUAUGACGAAAUACAUCCGAAAGUAAAUUUGCACAGACCAGCCUUCGCUAAGCCAAAGGGGCCGCCCAAUAGGGGAGCCAAACGAAUCACAAAAGCUCAAUCAACGCAAUAACUCAAAAGAAAAUAAGUAUUUAUAUGCGCGAUCUAUGAUUUUACGUCGAUAUACAGUGUCCCAUAAAUCAAUGUCUAGCUGUAUCGAUAGGGCAGGUGGUUAAUCCUCAGAAAAUUAAUUAAAAAAAAUUUUCAUGUAUUUUUAAAAUUAUUGCCAUUAAAAAUAAAUUAUGUUCCUUUUACUUUACUAUUCGUGUUGAAAAACAAUUUAAAUGCUCUUCCUAAAAAUAAAAAGAUGUCAUAUGUCAUCAUGGCGUAAUGCCACUUAAAGAAAAAUAAUAAACAAAUUUUUCUUUAUAUUUAAAUUUUUUGGAGUUGGCCACACCUUUGUAUAUCACCAACUUCGGCAUGACCUUAAUUUAUGGGACACACUAUAAAAAAAAUAUAGGGGUGGGAUAAUUUUUGUAUGUGACAACAUUUAUCAUCAUGUCUCACAUAGUAAAAAAAAUAACAAUUCCUAGAAGAGUAUUAAAUAUUUUUACCGCUCCGUGAGCGUAUGCGAAGCUUACAGUCGAUUGCUUUUUAUUUAAAUAUAUAUGAGACAUUGCCAAUUUAUACUAUCCUAUCGAGUAUGUACUCACAUAGCUAAUACACUCAAGUAAUGA